CCCGGGCACAGCUCCCUCACGGGUCCUCCGGCAGCGGCGGCGGCAGCGGCGGCGGCGGCGGAGGAGCCCACCGCCCGGGCCCCGAUGAGUAACUCCCGGAAUAACCGGGUGAUGGUGGAAGGGGUCGGGGCCCGGGUAGUGCGCGGCCCGGACUGGAAGUGGGGGAAGCAGGAUGGCGGGGAAGGCCAUGUGGGCACGGUCCGGAGCUUCGAAAGUCCCGAGGAGGUGGUGGUGGUGUGGGACAACGGCACGGCCGCCAACUACCGCUGCUCCGGGGCCUACGACCUGCGCAUCCUGGACAGCGCGCCCACUGGCAUUAAGCAUGAUGGAACCAUGUGUGAUACCUGCCGCCAGCAACCAAUCAUUGGAAUUCGAUGGAAAUGUGCAGAGUGUACAAAUUAUGACUUGUGCACAGUUUGUUACCAUGGAGAUAAACAUCACUUAAGGCAUCGCUUUUAUAGAAUUACCACACCAGGAAGUGAACGGGUUCUGUUAGAGUCUCGUAGAAAAUCUAAGAAGAUUACAGCCAGAGGGAUCUUUGCAGGUGCCAGAGUGGUACGAGGCGUGGACUGGCAGUGGGAAGAUCAGGAUGGAGGAAAUGGGCGGAGAGGAAAAGUAACAGAAAUUCAAGACUGGAGUGCAUCAAGUCCACAUAGUGCAGCAUAUGUUCUCUGGGAUAAUGGUGCUAAGAACCUUUACAGAGUUGGCUUUGAGGGAAUGUCUGAUCUGAAGUGUGUCCAGGAUGCGAAAGGAGGCUCUUUCUACAGAGAUCACUGUCCUGUGUUAGGUGAACAGAAUGGCAAUAGGAAUCCUGGCGGAUUGCAGAUUGGUGACUUGGUAAAUAUAGAUCUUGACCUAGAAAUUGUACAGUCUUUGCAGCAUGGUCAUGGAGGAUGGACUGAUGGCAUGUUUGAAACUUUAACUACAACCGGAACUGUUUGUGGCAUUGAUGAAGAUCAUGACAUCGUAGUACAGUAUCCAAGUGGCAAUAGGUGGACUUUCAAUCCUGCUGUUCUCACUAAAGCAAAUAUUGUCCGAAGUGGAGAUGCUGCUCAAGGUGCAGAAGGUGGCACCUCACAAUUUCAAGUGGGUGAUCUUGUACAAGUUUGUUAUGAUCUGGAAAGAAUCAAACUCCUACAAAGAGGACAUGGAGAGUGGGCUGAAGCAAUGCUCCCAACUUUAGGUAAAGUUGGCAGAGUGCAACAGAUUUAUUCUGACAGUGAUUUAAAGGUGGAAGUUUGUGGAACAUCCUGGACAUACAAUCCAGCAGCAGUUUCCAAGGUGGCAUCCGCAGGAUCAGCCAUUAGUAACGCCUCUGGUGAAAGACUCUCCCAGCUCUUGAAGAAAUUAUUUGAAACCCAAGAAUCUGGUGAUCUCAAUGAAGAAUUAGUUAAGGCUGCUGCCAAUGGAGAUGUUGCUAAAGUGGAAGAUUUGCUAAAAAGACCAGAUGUGGAUGUAAAUGGACAAUGUGCUGGCCACACUGCUAUGCAAGCUGCUAGUCAGAAUGGACAUGUUGACAUUUUGAAGUUACUUUUGAAGCAAAAUGUUGAUGUAGAAGCAGAGGAUAAAGAUGGAGAUAGAGCUGUUCACCAUGCAGCUUUUGGAGAUGAAGGUGCUGUCAUAGAAGUGCUACACCGAGGGAGUGCUGAUUUGAAUGCUCGCAACAAGCGCCGACAGACACCACUUCAUAUUGCUGUCAAUAAAGGUCAUCUUCAAGUUGUGAAAACUUUAUUGGAUUUUGGCUGUCAUCCCAGUCUCCAGGAUUCUGAAGGUGAUACCCCUCUUCAUGAUGCAAUAAGUAAGAAACGUGAUGAUAUCCUGGCAGUUCUCCUGGAAGCUGGAGCAGAUGUUACUAUUACAAACAAUAAUGGGUUUAACGCAUUACACCAUGCUGCACUCAGAGGAAAUCCCAGUGCAAUGCGUGUUUUACUGUCUAAAUUACCAAGACCAUGGAUUGUGGAUGAGAAAAAAGAUGAUGGUUAUACUGCUUUACAUCUGGCUGCCCUUAAUAAUCAUGUAGAAGUGGCUGAACUAUUGGUACACCAGGGUAAUGCAAACCUGGAUAUCCAGAAUGUGAACCAACAAACUGCCUUACACCUUGCUGUUGAAAGGCAGCAUACCCAGAUUGUGAGGCUUUUGGUCCGAGCAGGUGCCAAAUUAGAUAUUCAGGAUAAGGAUGGGGAUACUCCUUUGCAUGAAGCUCUGAGACAUCAUACUUUAUCUCAGCUACGGCAGCUCCAAGAUAUGCAAGAUGUGGGGAAGGUGGAUGCUGCCUGGGAGCCAUCCAAAAACACAUUAAUAAUGGGACUUGGUACUCAAGGGGCAGAGAAGAAGAGUGCAGCAUCCAUUGCCUGUUUCUUAGCUGCCAAUGGUGCUGAUCUUAGCAUUCGAAAUAAGAAAGGCCAAUCACCUCUUGAUCUGUGUCCUGAUCCAAGUCUCUGCAAAGCACUGGCAAAGUGUCAUAAAGAAAAAGUCAGUGGUCACGUGGGUUCUCGAAGUCCCUCUAUGAUUAGCAAUGAUUCUGAAACUUUAGAAGAGUGUAUGGUGUGCUCAGAUAUGAAGAGAGAUACUCUUUUUGGUCCAUGUGGGCAUAUUGCUACCUGUUCUUUAUGUUCUCCACGAGUCAAGAAAUGCCUCAUCUGUAAAGAACAGGUUCAAUCCAGGACAAAGAUUGAAGAAUGUGUGGUAUGCUCUGACAAGAAAGCAGCUGUUCUUUUUCAACCUUGCGGACACAUGUGUGCUUGUGAGAACUGUGCUAGCCUGAUGAAAAAGUGUGUGCAGUGCCGGGCAGUAGUUGAACGAAGAGUACCUUUUAUUAUGUGUUGUGGAGGGAAAAGUUCAGAAGAUGCCAGUGAUGACAUCUCAAGUGGAACUAUUCCAGUGUUACAAAAGGACAAGGAUAAUACCAAUGUCAAUGCUGAUGUGCAAAAGUUGCAGCAACAAUUACAGGACAUCAAAGAGCAGACAAUGUGCCCUGUGUGUUUGGAUCGUCUGAAGAAUAUGAUUUUUCUCUGUGGCCAUGGAACAUGCCAGCUCUGUGGAGACCGGAUGAGUGAAUGUCCUAUUUGUCGAAAAGCUAUUGAAAGAAGGAUUCUUUUGUAUUAACUAAGAAACUCAUUGUGUUUUGUUGUCUGAAAUAUUUGGUCAUGAGAUUUAGUAAGCUUUUAAGCUAGUUGGAGGUUCUAAGGAAUUAAUUUUUCUAUCAUUUGUUUUUACUAGUCUAAUUAGACUAUAAGUGUACCAGAACAAAAAAAAAUCCUACAAAACAGUGUUGAAAGCCAUGUUUCUUUCUUUUUAAUUUGCAACAUCAAAUCCAUGUAAUUCACAGGCUAAGGGAAAAUACUUUAAGCAUCUCCUGUUAUUUUUGUUUUUAUUGCAUUUUCACUGAUAAUUUAUAUUUGUUAGACCUUAGAAGACACACUUUCUUAUGACCAACUAUUCUUCAGUUUAUGUUGAUUUCACAAAAUAAGUUGACAUAGGCACUCAGAAUGUUAAACACCAAAUGAAAGCAGCAAGUCAAAUUAUUAUGCCACAUAUAUUAAAUGGUAGAAUUAUAGAAUAAAGUCUACAUAGUUAUGGGAAUUUUGAAGCGAGGAUUCUUUUUUAAGAUAACAUUAAGCAGUCCUACUGAUUGUUCUGAAAUCUUAAGAGUAAAUGAAAACAUAGAAUGAAAGAACAAUGACUUUGCAUUUAGCUUAUUUUCUAGAUUUAAAAGGAACAUUGUUUAAGCUGAAUUAAAUUGUCACUUUCAAAAUGGCUAAUAGACUUGAAAAAUAAGUUCAUAGUAGGGAACUGAAGGGGAAAAAGUAUCCAAUUAUUGACCAUUAACAGUUGCCUUUCUUUGAUUUAUAAAUUAUUUUGUUCAGCCACUUAAAAAAAUCUGUGAAAAGUAAACCUCAGUUUUCUCAGUGGUUACUUAUUCAGACUUACUCUGACCAGUCAAAUGUUAUUGCCCUGUUUGAGCCUCUGAGGUUCAAUUUAGCUUUUUUCAUGUUCUGAAUUGUACCCUAGUAAGCUGAGAAGGAUAAGACAUUGUUCAAAGAUAGCCAUGUUUUCUUUUCCAUUUCUAUUAAUUCUGGUAGUGUAACUGGUUCUGUCUUCAUCAUAGGCCUUAUUCUUCCAUUUUCUCAGAUACAAAGCUUACUAUCAAGGAAACAAUCUUUCUUUAUACCUAAGAUGAGAAUAUUAUUUAAACUGCCAUCAAAAUCGAAAACAUAGUAAAUGACCAAAUAUAAAUAAUUUAGGAGUGACCAGGACAUUUACAGAAAUAUGUCUAAUUACUUGUAGGUUUUUUUUUUUAACUCAAGCUUUGACUUAGCAUGUCUAAUAAUUUUCUCUUUUGAAUGAGCAAUCUUACUACAUCUAUGAUAAACAUACAUUUAAAUAAGUGUUUUGGGGUUCAUUGCUGCUAGAUAAUAAAAGUAUUAACUGUUUACUGCUAGAUAAUAAAAGUAUUAACUGUUUACAGUAGCGACUACCAUAUACUGUGUAUAAGCUUACUCCUAAGGAUAUCUUUUCUGUAGCUUUUCUUACCACCCCCACAGGCCCCCACCUUUUAAAUCUGGUUAUUUCUGGUUUUUGUGCUUCAACACUAAAUUUGAAAGUACGAAGUCUCUAGACCUCAGGUAGUUUAUUUCUGGCUAUUUGAUGGCUCCUUCUUUUUGCAAGUGCUGGUGAAAAUAUUGAUGAGCUUUGCUGGCUGAUUAUGUAGUUUUGGCAAUUCCAUGUUUGUGUUUAGCUGAGUAACAUUUAGAACAGUAAAAUUUUUAUAACUUUUAAAUUUGAAACUUUGUAUUAACUAUUAAGUUAGUAAUAAAGGGCCACUGAGGCUGUUUUUUAAGCCAUAUUUUAAAGUUAUGGGCAAAAAAUCUGACGAUAUUCACAUAAAGAAAUAAGCAGAUUAUUUUCUUUCAGAAUUAAAGACAGUUCAUGUCAGGAUUUUCCUUUUGUUUUCAUGCGAUAGACCAUCCAUCUCUUUUCCCAUUAAAUCAUUGAUAAGGAGUAAACACGUGGCUGACUGAUGGCAUAGUUUGGCCAACCAAAGAAUCAUAUGGUCUAGAGCUCUACUUAAAUGCAUUUAAUUUGUUUUCUAGGUUGUUGUGCUCAAAUGUAUAACCCCUUAAUGUCAGUUUUAUCUUCCAGACUCAUUUAUUUCCUCCAUAUAAAAAAAUAUAAUAAUUUAUAAACCAUUCAAAAGUUAAAAAGUUGCUCUAUGAUGCUAUAUUUGUCUGUUUUCUGUUUCACCACUUUGAAAUUUGUUUAAUACUGUUAUUUGUAUUCAUAUUUUCAAAUAUCUGGAAAAAUAUUUUAAAUUUAUUUGACUUUGUAAGAAUAAGACGAAGACCUUAGGUCUUUAGGUGUCUUUCCUCUAACUGCUGAACAAUGAACCUUCUACCUCUUAUAUGUCUCUCAACAAUAUUUUCCCAAUUAGCUAUGUUUCCUUCUCACUCUCUCUUUAUCCUGUGCCUGAAGGACUUUGUAGUUUCCCUAGAGUCAUUUAAGAAAGAAAAUGGACAUGCAUUCAUUUAAAGUUGUCCUUACCGGGCUUCAGGAGCUAGAUAUAUAGCAUAUAGAGAUGUAUGGCUAACAUCUUUGUGUGCACAGAAUCUAUCACAAAAUUUGUGUUUGAAAUAAUUUGUAGUCAAAGGAUCUAAAGGUACUGAUAACAAUUCUUACUAAUGUUUCAUAAAAGUUGUUAUUAAGUAGUAUUUUGAUUCUUUCUGUAUCCACUCACUUCAACCACAUUUUCUGCUCUGUUCUUCUAAGAUUGUCAGCUUUGUUUCCCAAAACACACAACUUACCUGAUGGUGCUAUGCUGUUCAUUUUUUGUUCACAUAAUUUAACAUUCUAACUACUUAUACUGUACACACAUUUAAUUUCAUUGGGAGCAAGAAGGCUGAUUUUCAGAGAAGAUUGUUUUUCUAUUAGUGUAGAAAUAUAUUAGACAAGUAGUUAGUUUAGUUGACCAAUUUAUGUUUGGUUAAGAUACUGGUAAUUUUAAACAUUUCAAAUUAACGACCUAGCUGCUAAGGUGUACAAUUAAUUGAUAAUGUUGAAAACAACUUUCUUAAAUGUAUCUCUUUGAUGACUUUAGCCUGUAAGAACAGUUUAGCAUAUGGAAAUGCAUGCUACCUAAAAUUUGUUCAAUUCAGAUUAUAAAGCUUGCUGGGUCAUUUUUACAUGAUAGGGGUGUAUUGUCCUCACAUGUGAUACCCAGUUACUGUCUUUGGCUUUUACGAAUUCUAGAUCUUUUGGAUUAGGAAUUAAAUUUGCAAAGCAAAUUAGUGAUGGCAUAUAAUUGGAGAGUAGUAGGGAGUUGCAACAGUAGGAAAAAGAAGUCAGUGUUUGAGUGUAGAAACAAAAUGAGAUCAUGUAGAUUUUAUUAAAGCAGCAAGUAGAGGAUAUUUAAUAAUUGAAUGAUAAAGAUCUUUCAGCCAUAUUUUGGCAGAAUUGAAUUGACAGUUACUUUGUAAGUGAUAGGUUUUAAUACAGCUUGCUUUAACAUCCAAAAAGAAAAGCAUUUUCCUCUCAGUGUCUAAAAUAUUUUAUACUAACUUCUGUAAAAAUUGAAUUAUUGGAA